UUCAUGACUAACCAUCUGCUUCAGAGGAAACAGAUGGUUAUUGUUGUCCUUCACCCUGGUAAGGCAACAGUACCAAAGACUGAAAUUCGGGAGAAGCUAGCCAAAAUGUACAAAACCACACCAGAUGUCAUCUUUGUGUUCGGAUUCAGGACUCACUUUGGUGGCGGCAAAACAACUGGUUUCAGCAUGAUCUAUGAUUCUCUAGAUUAUGCUAAGAAGAAUCACAGACUGGCAAGACAUGGCCUCUAUGAGAAGAAGAAGACCUCCUGGAAACAGAGGAAGGAGCACAAGAACAGAAUGAAGAAGGUCAGGGGUUUGGCAAAGGCCAAUGUUGUUGCUGGCAAAAAGUGAGUAGAGAUUGGAUACAGCCAAAGGAGUAGAUCUGCAGUGAUUUGACCUGCGGUGCUGUGCAGACAAUUUUGGAGAGAACAAAUAAACUAAAAGCUUAUGUGUCUGGA